GAAACGUUUUGGCCGCGCGCGUGUUGUGUAUAAAUUCCAGCAGUGGCCCCGCCCCCACGCUCAGUCACUCCCUGACUCCUCUGAGGACGGAUACAUCUGAGCAAACGUGAGUACUUGACCAUGGCUGGCAGACGGGUGAAGAUUGGUAUCAAUGGGUUUGGUCGCAUCGGCCGUCUGGUGACACGUGCCUCUUUCAUAGGCAAUAAUGUGGAGGUGGUGGCUGUCAACGACCCCUUCAUUAACCCGCACUACAUGGCGUAUUUGUUUAAGUAUGACUCCACCCACGGGAUCUGGAAAGGCGGCGAUGUCCAGGCUGAGAACGACAUGCUGGUCAUCGGAAAAACGAAAAUCAAGGUCUUCCAAAUGAAGGAUCCAGCUGAAAUCCCGUGGGGGUCUACAGGUGUAGACUACGUGGUGGAAUCCACCGGUGUUUUCACCACUGUGGAGAAAGCUUCGGCUCACCUGAAGGGCGGAGCUAGACGAGUGGUGAUCUCCGCUCCCAGUGCAGACGCACCUAUGCUCGUCAUGGGUGUCAAUCACGAAAAGUACAACAAGUCCAUGACGGUUGUGAGCAACGCUUCCUGCACAACCAACUGCCUGGCUCCCCUUGCCAAGGUCAUACAUGAGGAGUUUGUCAUCAUCGAGGGUCUCAUGAGCACCGUCCACGCCACCACUGCCACGCAGAAGACUGUGGAUGGGCCCUCUGGUAAGAAUUGGAGAGACGGACGUGGUGCCUCCCAGAACAUUAUCCCCGCCUCCACCGGUGCAGCCAAGGCUGUGGGCAAAGUCAUCCCCGACCUCAACGGAAAGCUGACCGGGAUGGCGUUCCGUGUUCCAACCCCCAAUGUGUCUGUGGUGGACCUGACUGUUCGCCUGCAGAAACCUGCAAAGUAUGAGGACAUCAAGAAAGCUAUCAAAGCUGCCGCAGAUGGACCCAUGAAGGGAAUUCUGGGAUAUACAGAGGAUCAGGUCGUGUCCACAGACUUCAUAGGUGACUCUCACUCCUCCAUCUUCGAUGCUCUUGCUGGCAUCGCACUCAACGACAACUUUGUCAAGCUGGUGUCAUGGUAUGACAACGAGUUUGGCUACAGCAGAGUGUGUGACCUGGUCGCCUACAUGUUCUCAAAGGAGUGAACCUUUCAUCAUUCGCUCUGUCACCUGUGCCGUCUUCCUGGGAGCCACCUCUUUAUAUAUUUUUUAAGCAUAAAGACCUGUGCCAGCAGGGGCACUUCAGUGCCCCUCUAUACAGUCCUGGUUGGUGUUGCACUUUACAUGAAUAAAGUAAAAUCUGU